AUGCUGUCUGAGAGUUUCAUUGCGUCGACUCUGGCGUCGUCGAAAACUCCGCAAUCUGCGACGCUGAGAGAUGUAGGGAUCUGUGUGCACGAGCUGCAGCCAGCGCCUGCUUUGCGCUCGGCGUUCAAGAAGAGUUCGACAUCGACUAAUUGCUUGGCUGUGAGCGCAUCACAUGUGUAUGCAGCUCAGGCUGAGAAAGCGAUUGUCCAUGUCUACAGCAGGGAGAGGGGAAAUCAGGAGGCGGUCAUUCCAUUCCCCGAGCGGAUACGCAGCAUUGCACUUGCCGGCGGGGAAAACGGGGAUAUCUUGAUCCUGGGCACUGAGGGCGGGCGGUUGAUUGUGUGGGAGACGUGUACCGGACGCCAGGUAUCUACCACCGCAUCGCAUCUACAGCCCGUAACGUCUCUCGUGGUGGAUCCGACUUCAAAUUUUGUGAUUUCAGGCUCGUUGGAUGCCACCAUCUAUGUGUGGUCGCUGCCUGGUAUUAUCUCGUUUGCAAAGCCCUUGAGUCACGAUCGACAACAGUCGAAUUCGCCUGUGCGGUCGUUCUCGAAUCACCGUGCUGCAAUUACCUCUCUCGCUGUUGGGCAUAGCAAUGGCCGGUACAACAUUGCUGUAUCUACCUCAAAAGACAAUAUUGCUAUUGUCUGGGACUACCACACGGGCCGGGUUCUGCGGACUUUCCUUCUCCCUUACAGCGCAACAUCUGUCACCCUAGACCCCGUCGAUCGCGCUUUCUACGUGGGAUAUGAAGAUGGCAGUACUCACGCGAUCAAUUUCUACAAGAAUCAGUCGGUGCAACACCCUCUGCACGAUCUGUCACUUCAAUCUACACCAGCACAGGUGACUGCUGAAAGCCGAUGGUUACCGCCAUCCUCUGAGUCCGGCGCAGUCGAGAGCCUUGCCGUAUCAUACGAUGGGACAACUUUGCUAUCGGGACACCGAGAUGGGAAGGUUUUGUCGUGGAAUAUUCCUCGAGGAAAAUAUGCGUCUACAGUGACAGACUAUACACACCCUGUGACCAACUUGGUGAUGCUUCCUCUGGCAGGCUUAUCUCAUCUGGAUUCUGCUCUGAAGCGAGUGUCACGUACAAUCGUCAAGCCCCGAUAUGACCACGCCCUGUCAGAUUCAUCAAAUACAUCAGGGGUCAUCCCCGCCGAGUAUACGCUUAGCACGCAGCUACUAGCGUCAUCGAGCUCAAAGGCUGCAUCAAAAUCUAGCGACUUUUCCCACGCCUUGACUCAUGCUUUCUUUCCCCAGUCGAUAAUAGAAGAGGGCCUUGCAGAGUUAGCAAACUUCGGCCAACUGGCCGUCAAUGGGAACCAAACGGUGCAGAUCCGAGGUGAUUCCGAAGCCAUUGCCGCCAAAGAUUUGCGCAUCGAAGCCCUGGAGAGGGAGGUCUCUACGCUGAAGACAAAGGUCUCGGUCAAUGAGAAUGCCCGACAUGCCUCGACUGAGGAGGUCUCCAAUCUGCGCUCUGAACUGGCGAGGCUCCAGGACUACAUCAACGAACUCAAUCAGAAACAGGACAUGGCGCAGCGCGAGAGGGUCCUACGCAAGGCGCGCAAAGAAGAGCGCGAGGCGAAAAGACGAGAAGCGUGGUUUGCUGCCGAGAAAAAGGGCAAGAAUGGAGACGUGGCUAUGAAGGCGGCGGAUGCUGAAGACUCAGUCUUGACCAGCGACACCGACGACCAAAGCAGCGGUGAGGAUUGA